ACUGUUUGCAAGUCGGUGGCAAGUAUGUCAUUUCAGCCAAAAACUAACUACAAUGUCGAGGAAAAGAUUUGGAGUAGCGAAAAGGAGAAAUCCCAAUUCGGAGAGGAUUUGUCCAUAGGCGAAAUUAUCUUUCAGGAAAUGCUCCGCCAUCCCAAGAGUGAAGCACAGAUAUCGGACUCUGAAAAAACUAUUCUUCUCCGGGAGGAUCUUUUAAAUAAUUCUAUUCGCAUUGCAACUUUUAUGCGCAAACUGGGACUGACUCAAACCGACAUCGUGGGCAUUAUAGCUCGGAAUACUACCCAUGUAGCGGCCGUGGCCUAUGCCUGUUUCUUCAAUGGCAUCGCCUUACACUCACUGAACAGUACCUAUCUACCAGAAAUUAUUGAGAAACUCUUCCAAAACACAAAACCUCGCAUAAUUUUCUGCGACGGUGAUGAGUAUGAAAAAAUUCGUUCCGCUACCACUAAGCUAAAUGUAAAGAUAGUGACCAUGCGCAAUCAUCCUGUCGGUGUGUUAAGUAUCCAGGAAGUUUUGAAGACGCCAGCGGAAGAGGGAUUCAAGCCAGCGCCCCUAAAACAGGGUUCCAGCCAUCCACUGGCUAUACUCAGCACCUCUGGCACCACGGGCACUCCAAAGGCAGUUAUUGUUGCCAAUUGCCGAACCAUUCUGAGCGGCCUUACAAAAUUAACCACCUCGGAUGUUCAGUACGUCUCCAGCUCCUUGGACUGGGCUUCGAGUCUGUGGACGGUCGUCUCCUCGGGAGUCUUCAGCACCAAGCGGAUAGUAUCUGAUAAGCCCUUUGAUCCCUUGGAAACUCUCCGCAUAAUCGAGGAAUACGGCGUAACAUACGUUCUGCAAGCCCCAGCGCAAGUGGCAGCCAUUGUCAGUUGUCGGGAUUUUGAGAAAGCCAACCUGCAAAGCCUGCGAUAUUAUUAUUUUGGCGGUGGACGAUGCACCUCGGAAGUCCAAAGGAGACUGCGCCGGAAGUUGGGUAAGGACAUCCUCCACUUUUGCUAUGGAGCUUCGGAGUUGGGUUCCCUCUUCUGCGUCAACUGGCACUACGAUGCCAAGCCCAAUUCGGUUGGUCGUCCGAGUCCUGGCUACCAGGUGAAGAUACUCAAUGAUCAAGGCGAUAAACUGGGUCCAAACGAGGAGGGCGAGGUGUUCAUUAAUAAUGGAAGCUUUUGGCCCGGAUAUUACGGAAAUCCGGAAGCUUCGAAAGAAGUCUACAAGAACCAAUGGUACCAAACUGGCGACAUCGGUUACGUGGACGACGAUGGCUUUGUGUACAUCGUGGAGCGAAAGAAGGACCUGCUCAAGUACCAGAGUAACCAUUACUAUCCCCAUGAGCUCGAGGAACUGAUCGCCCAAAUGCCUGGGGUGGUCGAAGCCUGUGUCUUUGGCAUCUGGAAUGUGGAGAAUGGCGAUGAGGCAGCGGCUAUUAUAGCCAAACAACCAAAUGUAAGGUUAAGCGAAGAGGACGUUAUAGACUUUGUAGCCCAACAUGCUACAACUAAAUUCCUGAGAUUACACGCCGGCUGUCUAAUUGUUGACGAUCUGAAGCGUAGUCCCAAUGGAAAGACAAAUCGAGCUGCCAACAGGGAAUACUUUAUCCGGCAGAAGGGAAUUCAGUUACGAAAAUAAUAAAGGAAAUAUACUAAUUCUAAA